UAUGCUGAUCAUUUGAUUCACAUGAGAUUGACUUUAAGUGGCAUGGAGCUUUUAUUUUGCAAUAUCUUGAUUUGGGCUGUCGUUGCGUUGGUGCUGUAGUGACAGUUGUCAGUUCUGCAUUGUCAAAGCGGCACUUCACUUCGAGUUGGCAGAUUUUUCUACAUUUGUACUUUGUUUUCCGUUCGAAGACAGAAAAACAAUUGCUUGUGGAAUUGUUCAGCUCUCACAUGAAACUUUAGUACACACUCAAUAGAAUCGUUUUGAAGAAAAAGAAAAUUGCGAACUGCAAUGAUAAUAAAACUUAUCAAAUAUGAUUAAAGGAAACAAAUUGAGUGGAAUUGAAUAACUUUCUGAUAACAUUAAUAAUAUUAUGUCCGUAAAAGUAAGCCCCCCAUCUCUAGAUUUUCAUUCAUUCGCAAACGGCCUAUUGAGAUUAUUAUUUAUAGCCUUACGGUAGUUUUCCAAAGUCAAGAAUGCAAAAACUUUACACAAAAGCUCAGCAGCUUUCAUUUUUUUUAGUAAAAUAUAUAAUUCGAAAAGUAUAAAAGUUUUAUUUUAUGUUUACUCAUUUGAAAGAAAGCAUCUUAGCAAAACAACAAAAACGAGCAGUAAACUAAUCAUUCAUUAAAAAAUAAACUACGAGUGUUGUAAACUAAAAAAAAAAGGGAAAUGGAACUAAAAAAUGUUAAGCUCAGCUCAUACCAAGUAAGAGCACCAUAAUGUUAUCAAAAGUAAACAAAAAAUAUUGUGUAAGUUUAUGCAGCUGUGGCGAGAAACAAAAGUAAAUCAAUAGUUUUCAAAAAAUGCUGUAACUUCUAGAGAUCAUGCGGAUAAAGCCGUUUUAGGUAAACAAAGUAAUAUAUUUUCUCGCCUCACCUCGGCUUGAAUUCUAUUAUCCACUUUUGAAACCGAUCAACAUAUGAACGGCAUAUAAAUUAGGAACGAGCAACGGUUGUUGUCAGUAGCGCAGUACUUCCUGUUAAAGAAUUAUGGCGAAACUUAUCGUAAUCUUUCUAAUCGCUUUCGCUUUGUGCCACGUAAGCCACAGCGAGCGUGACUGGUGGGAAAAUGGCAACUUCUACCAAGUUUACCCACGCUCCUUCAAGGACAGCAAUGGCGACGGUAUCGGCGAUUUGAAUGGUAUACUCGAAAAUUUGGACUACGUCAAGAACAUUGGCAUAAAUGGUGUUUGGCUCUCGCCCAUCUUUCAGUCGCCAAUGGCUGAUUUUGGCUAUGAUAUUUCGGAUUACACAAAGAUACAGCCGGAGUAUGGCACGUCGGAGGAUUUGCUGGCGUUAAUCGAAAAAGCGCAUAGCCUCGGUUUGCACCUCAUUUUGGAUUUUGUGCCUAAUCACACCAGCGACGAACAUGAGUGGUUUCAACGUUCCAUCGCCAAUGAUUCCUACUAUCGUGAUUUCUACAUCUGGCAUGAUGGUGUGAUCAAUGCUACCACCGGUGAACGCAAGCCACCAAGUAAUUGGGUUUCGCAAUUCCGCUAUUCGGCCUGGGAGUGGAAUGAGCAGCGUCAACAGUAUUACCUGCAUCAAUUUGGCAUAAAACAGCCAGAUUUGAACUAUCGCAAUCCGAACGUUGUCGAGGAAAUGAAGAAUGUGCUCAGAUUUUGGUUGGAGCGUGGUAUUGAUGGUUUCCGGAUUGAUGCUGUGCCUUUCUUAUUCGAGGCUGAUAUUGAUCCAACAACUGGCACCUACCCGGAUGAGCCCGUUAUUGCCGAUAUAAGCUCUUGCCCCGACCCAGAUGAUUGGUGUCACUUGAAUCACAUUUACACACAUUCGCUGCCUGAGAUAUUCGAUAUAGUCUAUCAGUGGCGUGAAGUUGUGGAUCAGUGGAAACGUGAUUACGAUACCGACACUAAAGUGCUACUUACUGAGGCUUAUACCAGUUUUGAGAAUCUUAUGCGCAUGUAUGGUGAUGGCGUACAUAACGGUUCACAUGUACCCUUCAACUUUGAGAUGAUGGCCGAUCUAAAUAACCAGAGUACGGCUUCCGACUACGAUUACUUUGUACGCCAUUGGUUGGAUAAUAUGCCUGAGGGUGUCUACGCUAACUGGGUGCUUGGCAACCACGACAAUCCCCGAUUGGCUACCCGAUUCGGUGCUCAACGCGCUGAUCUCAUGAAUAUUUUCUUGCAAACGCUACCAGGCAUUGCAGUCACCUACAACGGUGAGGAGUAUGGCUUGGAGGACGGUUACGUGUCCUGGGAGGAUAGCGUUGAUCCGCAAGCUUGUAAUGCUGACCCCGACACUUACCAGAAAUAUUCACGCGAUCCUGAGCGUACGCCCUUCCUCUGGGACAACUCUAAAAAUGCCGGUUUUAGUUCGGCGGAUCGCACCUGGUUACCCGUGGGCCAGUCAUACGAGUCAAACAACGUGCAAGCGCAAGAAGCAGCAGCAAACAGUCAUCUAAAGAUUUUCAAAAAACUAACCGAAUUAAGGAAAUCCGAACCCGCUUUCACUGAUGGUGAUUACGAAUCGGUGGUCGGCGACAAUUGGCUGAGCUACAGAAGGAGCGCAUCUACUGGCGAUGCAUAUUACAUAAUUCUAAAUAUUGGAGACGAAAAUGUGUCUGUUAACUUCAAACAGUUGUAUAACGAUAUAAGCGGCAAGUUGGAGCUUGUUGUCAGUUCAUUGCAGUCCGGCAUGGAAAAUGGUCAACAAGUGGACCCCGCUUCGUUUGAGGUGAAAGCAUAUAACGGCUAUGUACUGCGGUUGGUUAACGAGGCAUAGAGGGCUUCGAUAGGCGCAAGUAACGGAUUUAAUUGAUUGUAACCAUGAAUUAUAAAAAUAUAUAAAAAUAUUACAAGUAUUGCAUUGCAAAAUCAAUGAAUUCAAUUUUGCUUGCUUUUGGUUUUGCACACU